ACAUUAUUAUUCUAUUCUCUCCUACCACCUCCCCACGUUUCCUUUUCAAACCCCCCAUAUCAUCAUCGUCUUCAUUUCUUCUCCCACAGUUCAACCCUCCCCCAAAAGGGUCAAACUUUUCUAACCCCUCAAAAACACAAACAUGACCAACUACGGUACCAUCCCAACCUCGCCCGCGCCAGGAGCAACCAAAAACCUCGAAUACCUCUCGCGCGCGAAGGAGAGGAUCAAAGCCGGCAUCGGCACCCGCCGCCCAUGGAAGCUCAUGCUCAACCUCCGAGCCAUCCGCCUGCCGGCCAACUUCGGCGACGCCAUCGCCCGGGUCCGCACCAACGUGGGCUACUUCCGCAUGAACUACGCGAUGGUCGCCCUGCUAAUCCUCUUUCUCAGCCUCCUAUGGCACCCCAUCUCGCUCAUAGUGUUUUUGGUGAUGAUGGCCGUGUGGCUGUUCCUCUACUUCCUCCGCGACGAGCCCCUCGUCUUCUUCGGCCACAUGAUCGAUGACAGGGUGGUGCUCAUCGUGCUGGCCAUCCUGACGGUGGUGUUCUUGGUUUUGACGAACGCCACCGUGAAUAUCUUGGUGGCGCUCUCGAUUGGUGCGGUGGUGGUGGUUCUGCACGCGGCUUUCAGGAAGACCGACGAUUUGGCCUUGGAUGAGGAGGCUGCCGACCUGAUGACUGGUGUUAGUCCUGCUGCUCCGGCUGGAUCUACUUCUUCUUAAUUGUUUGUGCUUUUCCCUUAAUUAUCAACUUCUUUUUUCUCUUUGGUUGGUUUUGUAUUUUUCCCCCAAUUUGUUUUUUUGGUGAUCUGGUAAACAGAGGAAAUGGGAUUAGUUUCUUUUUA